UGCAUGUUUUGCAGGCAAAUGCAGCUUCAGGAAUGGUCGUACAUGAUGAUUGCGAGCUGAAGUUCUUAGAAUUGAAGGCUAAACGGACUUAUCACUUCAUAGUUUUCAAGAUUGAGGAAAAGCAUAAGCAAGUUAUUGUGGAAAAGCUCGGCGAACCUACUGAUAGAUAUGAGGCUUUCACCUCUAGCCUUCCGGCUGAUGAGUGUCGAUAUGCAGUCUACGACUUUGAUUUUGUGACUGAUGAGAACUGCCAGAAAAGCAGAAUUAUCUUCAUUGCCUGGUCUCCAGACACAUCGAAAGUAAGAAGCAAGAUGGUUUAUGCAAGCUCGAAGGACCGGUUCAAAAGGGAGUUGAACGGCAUCCAGGUAGAAUUGCAAGCUACUGAUCCGACCGAGAUGGGUCUUGAUGUCAUAAGGAGCCGUGCCACUUAA